UGCCUAUGUAUACGGGUAAAUUAAUGUAUUAUAUAUCCUGACAUGACUCGCUAACGUCUCGUCUGGUAUAUUCAAAGCAACUGGCGCAGUGAUAUAUGAACCCACCGUUUGGUAUAUCGCAAAAGGCGAAAGUGACGAGGUGAAUAGUUAGGGCAACAAUGACAUUUUAUGUCGAGACUUUUUUAUUAAAAACAGUUUUUAUCGAAGUAAUGCCAUCUUGAGCGAUUUUGGCACCUGAAUUCAGCGCGAGAGAAUUAGUAUGGUGCUGGCUAUUCCAGAUUGACAAGGGGGUAGAUGGUGUAAGGGGCUUCUGGAGAUUACCGGGCUCAACGAAGUAAAACGGCUUCCCGCCCCCUAGCUUCCCUAGUUGCUUUCUAAAAGCCGCGUAUUGUUAGCCAUCAAGCCCUGUAAAAAUAGCCAAAACUAAGCCAACGACCGGAUUUAACCAUCGAUCAACCCAGAUGGCGCCGCCAGUCCACAAAGAUCGCCGACCAAACGCACUCACGACAGACUGACGGAUAACUGCAGAGAAACAAACAAGCGCUGAGUAACGGCAUGAUUCCCCGCCCAUCAGGCCAUCUCCCGGCGCUAGUACCGGUGGCAGAUGGAUUUAAGGUGGGAUUUUGGUGGGUUAAGCGUGGGCUGCCCAACACUCCCUGCCGCAUGCGGAGACAAAUGCCGCUGACAUAAUCGGGAAACGGCGUCCAUGCAGUCCCCUCGACGCCCUCCCCCAGCUCUCUCGACGCCGCUUAAUUAAGAGAAAAGCAAAAUAGACUGACAGACUGCACCAUCUGCAUCGGCUGUCACUGUAUCCAUCGUCCGCCGUGCUACCCAGACUCGGCGCCCCUCGGAUUUCCACGUCCCUUGUGCGCUGGCAUUUCGCCGCCCCCAAGUGGUUCUCCUCAGCGCAAGUGACAGGGCGCCUGCUUGAGGCUGUCGCUUCGAGAUGCCAGAAUAUAAGCGACGCUCCUGCGAUGCAUGCCAUAAGCGCAAGAUCCGAUGUGAUGCUGCCGAUGUUGGCGGCACCUGCAACUGGUGCCAGCACCAUGAUCUCCAGUGCGUCUUUAGCAAUCGUAAGAAGAAGACGACCAAAGUGAAUAAAAGUAACAGCUUGGCCAACAUGUCACGCGAGAGCCUUGUCCGACGCAUAGAGAUGCUCGAGGCCAAGCUCCCCGAAGACUCCCCAGAGAGGCUCACUUCUAUGGUGUCAACAUCUCCAGAAGGUGCGCCAGCCUCUGCAUAUGUGACACCUAUUUCGCCACCACGUGGACCACCAGAGGCAAACUGGUGCUCGACAUGUCGCUUCCGAUCCGGGUCUGUUAAUCCGCAGCAGCAAUCCAAGAUGGCACCUCUCGGACUGGUGUUUCACAUGGGUCGCAACUUUGGCCUCAUUUGUCCGAGAACGGGCUUGACACAUCUGACGGCAGAGUUUGAGGAUUGGAUUCAUAUGAAGACGGGCGAGUGGCCACGAUUUGAAGUUCUCCCAGAAUUCCAACCCAGUCGGAACGAGAACUAUCUAGGCAGCCAUAGUGGCACCACUCUUCCGUCUAGAUGGGUCAUGAAGGCGUUAUUUGACCUCUAUACAUCAUCGGAACUCAUCCUUGUCUUUCCCGUCAUUGACUUGGUCUUAUUCCCUGAUACCAUAGAGCUAGCAUACGACGCCUCCGUCCCUGCUAGUACGGAUCAUACCAUUGCCAAAGCGUGCGUCUUCGCGUUUUUAGCAAUUUCCAGGUGCUAUUUUGCAUCUAAGAAGGAAUCGGCGUAUGUUGAUGACAUGGCCUGCGCGCGCGAGGCGCACAGACUGCUGCUUUCGGUGCGAGAAUUCUCGUUAAAUAGUCUGCAGGCCACCUGCAUGCUGUUUCUUCAUGGCACCCUUAGCGGUCUGGAAAAUAUCCUACAGGCUUACCACGGCAUAGCCUGUAGAUCGGUGAUGGCGCUUGGUGGGCAUCUUAUCGAAAUGCCAGUCCCCAAAGACGGCCGACUGACUCGACACGAACGAGAGGACCGACAGCUUCGAAUAUUAUUUUGGUUUUGCUAUUACUUUGAUAAAAAUAUGGCGCUCCGAACAGGCUUCCCGCCCGUUUUUGACGACGACUUUUGCGACCUCACGCUUCCAGUGGGCUACGAUGAAGUGCGCUUCGGAAAUCGCACGCGGGAUCCCAGCGACGACUGCCAGACGCCCUUUCUACCCGGAGAUUUGUAUCUUUGUUUUCUAAAAUCCAAAGUACUGAAAUCUCUCUACACAUAUCGGUCUAUCAAUAAAAAAGAUGCCGAGAUCUUACGCACCAUUCGGGAACUGGACGAAGAUGUUGAAAUUUGGCGUCAAUCAAUCCCGCCCGAGUACUCGCCCGCGUUAUCAGUCCGAAAAGAUAUGAAGUUUGCAGAUCACCUAGGAGAGUCGGCAACUAUGCUCCACAUUGAACUUCAUCUUGAGUAUCACCAUCUGCUGCACUCCAUCCACACCGCGAGCAACCGCAUCUCUGCCGGUGUUGUGGGGGCUGAAGAGAAUAUCGACUCUGGUAUCCAGUCGAGUUUAGAUAUGUCUGUCGAAGCCAGUCGAUCGACACUGAUCUAUUUAAACGGUGCAACACAUCGUCUCGUUGGAAGCGCAUUUUGCGUAUUUAUUUUCUACCCCUUGUCGGCCAUGAUGACAUUGUUUAUGAGCAUUCUGCGUAACCCGCGUCAUGAAAACGCUCGCCAUGACGUCGAAAUCCUGCGCACCUCAUCCAACCUAGUGCACAGUAUGCCCCGACACCAGGACGCACAGCCCUUUGCCGCUGCAUACCUGAAGCAGACGGAUGCUAUUAUUGCUGAAUUGGUCCAACUGGCCCAGGCAGCCAUUGCCAAAGCGCACUGAAAUUUACAGAAUAUUUAUUACGGCUGAAUUGAUUAGCGAUAUGCCGACACUGGGACAGACUCAGUCUUUGACAUUGCCAGCGAAACUAAGCAUUUACCUAGGUGUUUGACUAUAACCUACCCUAUACCUAUACCCAGCAUUUUGUUCCGGAAACUAUUCAACCGAAGAUCAUACUACAACCGAGGUGUUUUCAAUUUUUCAAUUUUUUCAUAUUUCUUUUUCAAAGGUUAUCUUUUCUUUUUACAUGGGCGGACGUACACCAACAAAACUCACUUCUCUUGCGGGAGAUGCGAAAUACAAUCGAGUCUUAAUUAAAAAUCAUAUUCAAAUUUAUCAUGGAGCAACUUAAAAAAGUAUCAAAUUUCUACAGCAAACAACUCCAACGCCUGGAAAGCAGUCCUGUAUAGCAUGACCUUCAUCGCAAUACGUAUUAAAAAAUAGAAAGGUUCUUAGUCGUCAAAAUCCAGCGACUGAAGCAGAUCUAGGCAUUGUAGCGGUUAUAGCUCUCGAACUCACCUGGUUAAAAUGUUAGCACGGAGUUUCCUUUUUUAGCAUCAAAGCGCGGCUUACUCUUGGCUGGCUCGACAGGGGUUGGUGGGCACUUGAAACCAAUGACGAGGCAAAUAACCAUGACGAUGAUUUCCAUGAGGACACUCAUGAUGAGAUAAAUGGUGUCGUUGCCAUCACCAAAGAUGCUGAAAUCCUGCAAAUGGCCAAAGUCGCCGAGGCACGCGUAGACCAUGCGCACAAUGAGGAAGGGUGCGCAAGCGUAGAUGGAGUACAUGAUGACCUUUUCGGCUCGGGGCAUGAGAGAUAGGAACGACGUCAAGAAGACCAAGAGGCACAGCAUGAGACCAAGGCAGGCGACGAACAUGGCAAGGGCCGCAACAAGCAUGUCGCUGACUUUUCCGACGCCAUCGCUGCCCGGGCUAGUGGCGCUGUCGAUGACUUGGGUAGCGCCGUAGAUACCGAGUGCAAGGCCGACGAGACUGAUGAGACUAAUGAUGCGGAAAGCAUUGGCAGGGACCUUUUCAACGGUACCGUCACUAUUAUUCAUGGUUAGCGAAGAGUGGCGAGCAAUCGAGCGGUUUCUACGUACACUCGCUGCAGAAGACCAACGGC